GUUUACCUGGCUGGGUGGCAUGGCCGGAAAUGCAAGAAGUUGACUGAGAGUAGAAGAGGAGGCGAAGAAAAAGAAGAAGAAGGGGCUGCCGGCUCUAUCCACUCCAAUUUUAAAAGCCAGCAGCAAAAAAAGGAAGAGUACAGAGUGGACACCUGGACAGGAUGCCAGAAGCACCGCUCACAUUGGCGGUCCUGAUCCGGACGAUCCGGAGCGCGCGGACCCAAGCGGAAGAGCGGGACCUGGUCCAGCGAGAAAGCGCCAAGAUCCGGGGAGCCUUUCGAGGGGAUGAAGCCGACAGCCGGGCCACCAAUUUAGCCAAGUUGCUCUACAUCCACAUGCUGGGCUAUCCUGCCCAUUUCGGACAGAUGGAAUGCCUCAAGCUCAUUGCCUCGCGCAGAUUCCACGAGAAGAGGAUCGGCUACCUGGGUGCUGCCCUCCUAUUGGACGAGAUGCAAGACACUCACCUUCUGCUGACCAAUAGCAUCAAGAAUGACCUCCUGCAUUCGAGUUCCUGGGUUCAAGGCCUGGCCCUUAGCACCCUUGGGUCCUUGGGGUCGGCAGCCAUGUUCCGGGACUUGGCUGGGGAAGUGGAGCAAUUGGCCAAAACGGGCCAACCUUCUGUGCGGAGGAAGGCAGUGGUCUGUGCUGUACACAUUGUCCGAAAGGUUCCGGAUCUCACAGACAUGUUCAUCCCUCUCGGCAAACACCUGUUGACAGAACAAACCUAUGGCAUUUUACACGGCGCCAUGAUGUUAAUUGCGGAGAUGUGCGAACAAAGCCCGCAGGCCCUUCAGUGCUUCAGCAAGCAUGUGUCCCAAAUGGUCGGAAUACUCCGAAACCUAGUAGUGGCUGGAUACUCUCCGGAUCAUAGUAUUUCAGGGAUCAGCAACCCAUUUCUGCAGGUACAGAUCUUGAGGCUCCUAAGGAUCCUGGGACGGGACAACGAGGACACCAGCGAGGCCAUGAAUGACACCUUGGCUCAGGUGGCCACCAACACAGAGACGACACGGAACGUGGGCAACGCCAUCCUGUAUGAGACAGUGCUGACCAUCAUGGGUGUACAGUCAACCAGCGGACUACGGGUUCUUGCUAUCAAUAUCCUUGGGCGAUUCCUCCUCAACAAGGAUCGAAAUAUCAGGUACGUGGCUCUGACAUCUCUUCAGAAAUUGCUGCAAACCGAAAACAGUGCUGUCCAAAGGCACCGAGACACCGUCCUGGCCUGCCUGAGUGAUCCUGACCCAACUGUAAAGAGGCGAGCGCUGCAACUUAGCCUGGCUUUGGUGAGCAACAGCAACGUGAGAACCAGUGUUAAGGAGCUCCUGGUGUUUCUUGAGACCUGUGCCCCGGACCUGAAGUCGGACUGUGCUUCUGGGAUAUUUUUGGCAGCUGAGAAGUUUGCACCCAACAAGCGUUGGCACAUAGACACCAUCCUCCAAGUUCUGACCAUGGCUGGCUUAUACGUACGUGACGACUGUGUUCCCAAUCUCAUCUGUCUAAUUGGAGGAGCCAAGGAACUCCAUGGUUAUGCGGUGCAGCAGUUAUACAGUGCCCUGGUGCAGGAUAUCUCUCAGCAACCUUUGGUCCAAGUCGCCACCUGGUGUAUCGGGGAAUAUGGCAACCUCCUCCUGGAUGGCAGCUGCGAAGAGGUGGAGCCGAAGCAGGUUCAUCCAGAGGAGAUCCUCUCCCUCCUGGAACGGGUGCUGCAGUCUCACCUGUCCCUGCCGGCCACCAGAGCCUAUGCCCUCACGGCCCUCAUGAAACUCGGGACACACCUCCAGGAGAGCGACGUCAACCGGAUCCGGAGUUUGGUUUCCAUUUAUUGUAGCUGCCACGACAUUGAGCUGCAGCAGCGAGCGGUGGAAUAUAAUGCUCUCUUCCGAAAAUAUGACCAUCUCAGAGCAUCUGUACUGGAAAAGAUGCCCUUAGCAGAGAAACCUGGAGACAAUGAAGGAGAGAGUGAGAAAGAACAGAAUGGAAAAGAGGAUAAUACUCCAAACAUCCUGCACGUGGAGCCAUCCUCCAAUCACAGCCAGCCAGAAAAAUCCGACCAGGUCUAUGAUCUGCUGGAUCUCCUUGGUGGACCAGUGGAUUCCUCUGUAUCCCAGCCUAGUACUGUCACACCUUCCGCCACCUCCUUCCUUGACUUCCUUGGGGAUCUAAACCCUGUAGCCACUGCCCUUCCUUGCAUGAAGGUGUAUGAACGGGACGGACUGCUUAUCGACUUCUCGAUGGAGCGCCCUGCAUUGGAACCCACCUUACUGCUGAUCACGGCCACCGUCUCCAACCAAACGCCGGACGAUAUUCCCAAUUUUACUCUCCAAGUCGCCGUCCCGAAGUCCUUCCAAGUGGAGCUCUUGCCCCCCAGCGGCUCUACAGUCCCAGGCCAAGGAGGAGCCCCACUUACGCAGGUCAUCCGAGUGUUGAACCCAAAGCAGGUGCCACUCCGGAUGAGGCUACGGCUGGCUUACAGCCUUCCGACUGGGGCUGCGGUGCAACAGAUUGAGGAAAUCAGCUCAUUCCCAGAGUCUGCCUGGAAAUGAACUCCUGGUACGCCUUCUCCUUGCCUCUAAGAUGGGUUCUCUCACAUGAAACUCUACGAAUUCAAGAGAAAGCCUUGCAAUUCCAAUAGCGCCCGACAGGGGUCACCUUGGUUCCACCUGGAUGCCCCUUAUUAAUAAGCAAAUGCAUGCAAAUUAGGGAAGGUUGGGUGUCCCAAUGGGUCGGUUAUGGAUGGGGGAGCUUGGGUGGGUGAGUUAGGAGGGAUCUGGGAGAGACAGGUGUGGAAAGGCCCUUUGACAGGCAGAGAAGAGAAACAUCAGGCGUGACAGCCAGGACUGGGUUGAGUGAGUGAGAAGGGACGGAGGAGGAGGAGGAGGGAAUCCCCUGUCCCUGCCAACUCUCUAUUUCCUCUCCCAGCGGCUGGCAAAUCAAUUCAAUUGAUCAGCUAGACAGGGAAAUCCACAACAACUGAGCGAGACUAAAUGGAAAUCAAUGGAGAUAAAGAGUGCAGGGGCGGGAGGGAGACGCCGCCAAUACCAGCCGUCACAACUUUACCAAUCUCUCUUCAUUGGGCAUUUGGUUUCAGCGCCUUCAGGAACCCAUGCCAGCGCUGAGAUGCUCAAGUCAUGCCAAUAAGAGUAUUGAGCAUCAAUGGAUAAAGCCAGAGAUCAGGGCUUGUUUCCUUCUCUGUCGCAGGAGCUUUUGGUCGUGUCAGAAGCGACCUGAGAAACUGCAAGUCACUUCUGGUGUGAGAGAAUUGGCCGUCUGCAAGGACGUUGCCCAGGGGACGCCCGGAUGAGUUGCUGUUUUAUCAUCCUUGUGGGAGGCUUCUCUCAUGUCCCCGCAUGAGGAGCUGGAGCUGAUAGAGGGAGCUCAUCUGCCUCUCCCCGGAUUCGAACCUGCGACCUGUCGGUCUUCAGUCCUGCCUGCACAGGGGUUUAACCCACUGCGCCAAUGGGGGCUCCGUGCUGCUGAAGACUUAUCCAGAUGUUAUCCAGAUGUUUUGGCCUUCAACUCCCAGAAGCCUCAGCUGCCUUGGUCAACGAUGGGGGAUGCUGGGAACUGAAGUCCAAAACACCUGGAAGCCCAGGGAUAAAUGAUGUCCACUUUCUCAUCGUUUGUAACCACUGCUAUGCUCCCAAUCAGAGUUGGGAUACUGGGUUGUUGUGAGUUUUUCCAUGCUGUAUGGCCAUGUUCCAGAAGCAUUUUCUCCUGAUGUUUCUCCUCUAUCUAUGGCAGGUAUCCUCAGAGGUUGUGGGGUCUGUUGGAAACUACGCAAGUGGGGUUUAUAUAUCUGUGGAGUGUCCAAGGUGGGAGAAAGAACUCUUGUCUGCUUGAAGCAAGUGGGAAUGUUGCAAUUGGAUUUCUUUUGGACUCAUCUCACAAAGCAUUUAGGACUUACCAUCCCAACAAGUAGCUUCUACAAUUUCAGGUUAACAUGGCUACAAAACGACAUAGAUUUGGUUUCUUAUAUAUCCCUAAAAUCCAGAUUAAAAGGAGAAUAGUAGUCACAACUACAGCAUACUGUGGCAAGGUGUUCCACAGAUCAGUCGUUUGUUUGGGCUGUUCUUCUGUUUCCUGUCUCUUUAAUUUUGCUGGCUGUAACUCCUAUUGGAUAGCUUUGAUACCUGAGUGUGAAUAAAUGUUUUCUCUUCUUA